AUGUUGACGGAUACGGUGCCAGCCUUGACGUAUGACAUGCCGUCAGCUGUACCGACUGGCACGCCCGCUCUGCCUGCCGGCGCCGCGGGUCCAAGCUUCAACCAGCCCUUUGCUCAGCCAAGUCAUGGCCGUCACAUAUCGAUUGAUGAGCCCCCGAAACCGAAACGACCGCCCCAGCUGAGGAUCACGACCGAUUUCUCGUCAAAGACCUUGGAGUCGGACCCUGGAUCGAGUAAAACAUCAGCUUCGCCCGAGGUUGAGCCUGCAAGGAAGCCGAGACGAGUUCCGCAUCACCGGAAAUCUUCCUUGGGACUCGCUCAGAGCCGAGGUCUGCAUGAGACGCAAAAGAUGUUGAACCUUCUCCUGGACAGACUUGAGGCGCGAUCAGCAGCUCCCGACGUCCUUGAUCGGGCUGUUAUCAAGGCGCGGAAGGAAGCAGGGCACAUCACACGACGGCGUCGCUUCGGAGCUCGUUUGGGCGAAGUUGCAGUGGCUGCUGUCACUGCUGCGCAGAAGAAAAAGAUCAACAUCGAGGAUGAUGGAGACGACUCGGAUGAUAUUGACGACAUUCUUAUUCUGGACGAGGAUGAUUGGGAUACGGACGCCACAACCGACCUCGUCGAGCAGAUGCGAGACCUGCUGGUCCUGAGCGAGAGGCAAGUGCUCGAUCUGUUCGGAGCUUCACAAAUUGCAGCCUUUGACAAGCGUAAUGCUGCGAAAGACAAGCGUAAAAGCAGCCGGUUCUCCUCUAUGACGGCAUCCCUGUCAAAAGUCGCCAGUAAUGAUUCGCAUGCCGGACCGGGUGGCGAAAUUUCUGGGCCUAGACUGCUUCAACGCCUGGCAGCGAUCCUGCGAUCUCUGAUUCUCAUCGACUGCAUGUACACGACAUAUCGAUUCCGUCCUCUCAAGCCACCGUAUUUCCUUCAGUCAAUGUGUCUCGACAUUGCGGCUGUGCUUUACUCGAAAGGCGACAUGAAGACAAAGCUCCACGUGUUUGAGUCAGUAACAGACGCAUUGUAUGGGUGGGGACAUCCCAUGCGCGAGCGGAUAUGCGAGUGGCUCGAGGGAAGGCUAAACGAGCUACUGGUCCGCCUGGCAGAGGAGAGGUCCGACGGUAUGGAGGAAGACCAACCGAGAGUUGUCUUCAACGAUCCCUUUUCACCGGCUACAUCAUCGCCUCCGCAAGUCACGGCGGACAUCCCCACGUUUGCUUUCUCAGUUGAGACCGACGAUGGGGAUCGAUCAACGGAGCCCAAGGGGAAGGGCUGGAUAGAGCACAGUUCCCCUGCAUCGUCGACUGGCUCACGACCGUGGAACCGUCACCUGUCAGGAGUAUUGUCGACGCAUUCGACUGCUAUCUCAUCGCUGCCAUUGCAGAUAUCUGCGCUUAUUCCUCGUCUGCUGAUAGCGAUUGCCUCGAUUGACAUGAACAGCGCCAGACUGACCACGCUGUUCCGUGUCCAUCGUCUGGUGUCUCUGGUCCUCAACGCAAAGCCAGAUGUUGGAUCGGACUUGCUGGAGAUUAUCGCGCAAGGUUCCUCGGAUGCCUCGCAAAGGGGGUUUGAUAUGUUGACGACAUACUUUCCCCUGUGCACGGGACACAACACUAUAGCUCGGCGGCCACCGCUGUGCACCUAUCUGGCGCAGCGCAUGAAGUGGGAGACGGGUCAGGAGAGGGAGCUUGGCGAAGACGACAUGGAGAGCCACCACUACCUCCCAUGGCGUGGCAGUGAAUCCGGCGAUAACCUGUGCCAAACUUGCGAGCGACCUUGCGAAGGAUUCUGCGUGCGCUGCACCCUUUGUCAGGACAUCAAACAUGUCGAUUGCCUGCUUCUUUACGGCGACGAAUUGGUGGAGUGGGCUACAACCGUUGUCGGCGGCUCCAGCUCCAAACCUACAAUGCCGAGACACGAAAACGUGACCGUCAAGUAUUCCAAAUGCGUACCUCGGCUCGACGAGAAGGUUCACGACGGCGGUCCAACUCAGAAUGGACCUGAAGCGACCGUUCGCACAGUCGGUCAACAUACAUUUCAUCUAGUCAACCUGUUCACCCUCACACUCUGCGGCGACUGUCGAGAGCCGUUAUGGGGCACAACAAAGCAAGCCUACGUCUGUCUGGGGCAAUGCCAGCGAUUUUUCCAUCCCGCUUGCAUUGACAAGAUGAAGGACAGGGGAUCUACUUUGUGUCGACCAGGAACUGAAGCAUUUGUCAACACAAGUGAUCCCGACUAUAAGCGUGAUCCAUUCACGACGUCGGUCCAGGUCGUGCAGGAGAGCUUCGCACGUUCAGCGUCGGAGGUGUGCCGCGAACCUAGCCGACUAGCAAAGCUUUCAUUCGACGAGACCGCGCUGCUAUAUGCGCACCUUUGGAUACAGCAUGAGAUCUACCUAAAUGGUGUCCGAGCCGGGUCGAUACGCUUCUCCGGUGAGGCACCGACGGAUCCUGCAAUCAUUCCUGGCACGACCUCUCUAUUAGAGCACUACAAGCAACACCUUGGUCAGCGCGAGCUGCAAGCCUCGGCGGCUCUGCAAGACUAUUCGCGCACAACAGGAGAACCCAUCCGCGACGCUAAGGACUUGUUGUGGCGACCCCGGUAUCUCGAAUACUGUUCAGCGCUCCUGAAGGCUCCAUUCGAUCCUUCGGAUCACCUGUCUGGCUCGCACCAGCUACUGACCCCCGGCCAGCUGGGAUCUUACGAACCUGACCCGCCCACUACAGCAUUCGAAGCACUGGGAAUGACGAGUGUAAGGCAGAGCAUGGCCAGCGAUCUCAACAUCAGAGACCGCUUGGCGGCCGCAAUACUUCUGGAACGAAUGAGAGGCUUUGGGCUCUGUGCAGUUCCCCAUUGCCGAAAGAUUGGACCGAAACAAGUACAAGAUACCCAGCUCCUGGUAACGUUCCCAAUACCUCUCCUCCUCGACAGCUCUCCUUCCGUGGAACUGCUUGUCCUCGCCAUAGAGCAGCUGCUAGAUGUUGUCGACCUGACUGCCAACGAGCAAGCGUUCAAUCUACUCUGCAAUCGGGCUUGGCCUUCCCCGAUGUGUUCCUCCUACGCUCUAGAACGCCUCGGCGGAGCUGUCUUGUCGUGGGUCAUGGACGGCGACGACGUGCUCCAUUACGUUGUCAAGAAUUAUGCAUCGAAGGCAAAACGACCUCCAGGGGUUCGUGUAGGACGCGGAGCAAGUAAAGGGACCACCGCUGUCGCAACGUACAGGGAUGACCGCGCCAGGAUGUUUGAACGAUAUGCGAAGCCCUGGUUGGAGGCCCUGCACGCCCUCGACUCCUCGCUGUACGCCUCGCUUGCCUACGACAGGAGCAAGAUGACCGAUAACAAGUAUCAGGUGCAAGAACUGUCGAAGGAUUCCUCCGCCGCGAGCCAGAUUGCCGGCAUGGCGCUGGAACGUAUGGUUACCUUGGCAGAUGUUGGCGCAUCGUUUUCAAUAGUUUUGGAUCUGGUCGUCGCCUGGCUGGAGGAUCUGGGUGCUGUGUCGAAACAGCACGCGAAUUCUCAGAAAGGCGUGCUGGGCGAAGACCUCUGGGAGCUGGCUAAAGCGACAUCUCAAGAGGGACCCGAAGGAGUAAGGCGAGUCUGCCAGUGGUUGCGAGUACUCAGCUGCUCUGGAGCUGAAGUUCCGUGGGAAACGGUGACGGACAUGGUUGAGCUGGUCGCUGGGGCAGAUGUUGCAAGCGAAGCGCGGUUAGACCUCAUCUCCACCAUUAACUCCAACACGACACAAACGGACAGCAAAGCUUUCGCCCAGCUCUGCAAUCGUCAGCUCGUGAGACUGGGUGGCGCUCUGAGCUUCCGGCCUACCGACUUGGAGCUACAGAUGCUGAGGACAAAUCUCCUCUCGAUCCUCCGUGCAUACGGAACUAGUGCCACGGAUAUCUCCGAGACGUCCCUCAAGAUGCCAGUGGUGGAACAGCCUACUUUGAACACCACCAUGCGCAACAAGCAGUUGCCUACUCCGCCAACAUCAACGCCGACCCUCAUUGCGCUGGACCCUAGUGUGCUUCAUGUUGUUGCGAGCCUAUUGCGACGCAAGGACUAUCCGGCGGAGAUUCUCCUUGACUUCCUCUGGCUGCUGUUCAUACGAGCACCUGCUGUAGAGAACGCCGACGGCUUCCUGUUUCAACACUGCGCUACUCUUUACGAAGCCCGAGUGUUCCUCAAGCUGGUAAUGGUGAAUUCGGUUCCUAUCGAGGAGAUGGUCAGGAAGGAGCUGGAACAGGUCGAUCAAGCCUCGCUGCGUGAGCGGAUGUUGACCCUUGUGCUUGAGCUGGCGGACGAUGUCGUUACCGCAGAUCUGGAGUGCUUUCGCAGUAACGCUGUGGGCCUGGUUAUGCUGUUCUUCACCGAGGUCGUCCAGCCGCUCAAUCCCAUUCCCGACAUUCUGGUGAUCUGGAAAGCCAUCCAGCCGUCGCAGCUGAUUGCCAUCGCCCGUUGUUUCGAAGAGUACAUCGUCUCGUGCAGCGAUGAGGAGAAGAAGAAGUUCCUUGCUCAGCUUCUCCAGCUCAGAACGUUAUUCCCUUCUUGGCCAGCUUUGUGUCUUGGACUGAACAUGCUUGCCGCCGGCGUCCCCUGCGAAUGGGCAAUGCUGCAAGAGUUUCAGCGCUGUGUCGCGGCGACAUGCGCUCCUCCGUGGCAGCACCCAAAGGAGACGGUCACUGGUCUUCUCCUGCCGGGUCUGAAGAAUGUACUCGAUUCAACUGCACGGAUCAUGGUCGAAAACGAAUCUCACGAUGACAAGGACCGGAAGACGAUCACCGUCGGCUCACUCUUCGUCCCCAUUGUGGUAGAGUUUGCGAAUGACCUAGAAAUGGAGGAGGUGCUGGUGCAGCGUUAUAUCCUGGACAUUUUGCUUGUUGUAUACUACAAGCCCAAUGUCCAGCCCGUGGAGCUGCAAGCGCUCAGCACCCUUCAGACCCUAGCGACCUUUGCCGCCAACCGCUUGCAGAGUAUCGAGAACCGACUUCUCGCGGUUCAGAUCCUCAACACUGCGGAGAACCACAUGACGAAGGACAGGUUCAGCCGAGUACUGCCUGCCUUGUUCGUCCUGGUGGCAGACAUCAUCGCCAAGGAAUCUUCAGGCGGCGACUCGGCCCUCGUUGAUGCCAGUCGUGGGUUCCUGGAAGCCAGUAUCGAGUCCUACGGCGAUGCCGGUCUCUUCCUUCAAGUUCUGAAACAAGAUGGUCAAAAGAGCAAGGGAGACAAUUCCAGUGAGGCCCUUGGUAAAGCGCUACAAAUUGCCAGCCGAGAGCAAACGGAAGACGGAAGCUGGCGCUAUACCUGGAUCGAAAAGGUCGUCACAGAUCUGUAUGUGUUGAAGUAA